AUGGCACCAGCAGAUGAGCAAUACCACCCCAAAGAUGCUGUGAAGGCGGCCAUCAAUGGCACGAUGAUUACGGGCGCCGCUGGGGGGCUGGUCUCCGCGAUCCAGAAUACCUUGACCAAAAGGAACGUGAGCCCGUGGGGAGUGUUCACGAAGACAGGAGGCACAAUUGCUGUGUUCGCUGCCGUGGGAGGCACAUACGAGUUCACCAGAUUUGCAUCGGCCAACCUGCGAGAGAAGGACGAUAGCUUGAACACAGCACUGGGAGGAUUUCUGGCUGGAUCUGUGUUGGGACUGAGAUUUGGCUCGACACCAGCAGUUCUAGGAUUCGGGGCUCUGACUGCUGUGGUUCUCGGUGCAUACGACUAUACAGGUGGAGCUUUGACUGGAUACAGGAAAGACCCAGAGAUGGACGAGUUCGACCGGAAAGAAGCUCUCAGGAGGAACCGCAGACGGCCAAUUGAUCAAACAAUUUCGGAACUUGGCGAGGGACGAGGGAUCUAUGCUCCAGGCUACGAUGAGAGGAGGAGAGAGAGAAUCAAGGAGAAGUAUGGAAUUGAAGUGCCUGCAAAAUCAUAG